AAUCGAGGCGUUGACCGAUGGGAGAAGAGCUGGGCUCGAAUUCCAGCGCCAUCGACUCUUCCAACAUCGGAUUUCAGCUACUGAAGAAGCAUGGAUGGAAGGAGGGCACGGGUCUUGGAAUCGCCGAACAGGGUAGGUUGGAGCCACUACAACCACAUGUGAAGAAGAACAAGCGUGGUAUAGGUGCAGAGAAAAUAAAGAAAAAUUCUGUGGAGUUCCACAAAGACCUGACCCCUAGAGGGCAAAAUGAUAGUGAACACUUGCUAUCAAAAAAGAAAUCCAAGGCUUCCUCAAAAAGGAUGAGGAAGAUUCAGGAAGAAGAGAAGCAGUUUCAAGAAAAGGAAUUUGAGCGAGCUUUCUUCAGGGAAUUUUGGCCAGAUAAUGUUUAAAGUCCCAAGUUCUAUCGGCGCACAAAGUUCUUGUUUGUGAUUGCACGAGGAUUUGGUGCAGCACAAACACAGGCAGGGACCAGGAAGCGGUUUAAGAACCUGUUUGGUGUGUUUGGAAAGUUAUGGUGGCUACUGGCUACACUUUUCAAGUGCUAAACUGA